AUGUCCGACUCUCCACCUCCUCCUCCGACCUCCGGCGCCUCACAAACCACCGUCCCUAACGAAUCCGACACCAACGCGAAAUGUCAAACCGCCAUAAAAUCCCUAUCCACCAUCGUAACAACCACAAACAUCCCCUCCACAAUCUCCCUCCUCCUCGACUCCUCCACCGCCUCCGCCGCCAUCUCGUCUCUCCUCCAACGUCCCGACUCCGGCGCAGGCGACAACAACCUCUGCCGCUGGCUCUACGACACCUUCCAAUCCACGGAGCCUUCCCUCCACCUCCUCGUCCUCCGUUUCGUCCCCCUCAUCGCCGGCCUCUACCUCUCCCGCGUCCCUCUCCGCCAACCGCAAGCCGGAUUCGAAGCCGUCUUACUCGCUCUCUACGCGCACGAGACAACCUCACGCGCGGGUCAAGCCGUGACCGUCAACAUCCCCGACCUCUCCCACCCGAGCAUCUACCACGAGUCGAAGGCACCAACGAAAAACAACUCCACGUGUCUCAACAUCGCCGUCGUGUCCUCGACGCUUGAUCCGCACGGUACCGUGAGAUCCACGCGUAGGGCGAGGAUCGUGGGAGUCGCGUUGGAGCUUUACUACGGGAAGAUCUCGAGGAUGCCACGUGAGUCGAAGCUGGAUUUCUGCGAGGCGUGUGAGAAGUGGGCGGGGGGAAGCGGAGAGGCACGUGAGGGAGAGGAGGAUGUGGUGGGGAGAGCUGAGAAGGAGAGUGGUGGUGGAAGGAUUCCUUUGCCGUGGGAGCUUGUGCAGCCGAUGAUGAGGAUCUUGGGGCAUUGUAUGAUGGGGAUGAAGGUGGAAGAUAGGGAAGUUACGGAGGCGGCGAGUAAAGCUUGUCAGAGUUUGUAUCUUAGAGCGUUGCAUGAUAUUAACCCUAAGGCGAUUUUGGCUACUGGGAGUCUUCUUAGGUUGAGAGAGAUGGGUCUUGAUCCUAAGAACCAGAUUGAUCAUACUGAGUUAUCACACGACAACAUUCUUUCUGUCUGAUUUGUUAACACAAGACUAUGCCGUACCUACCGUACUGUCUGUUUUGUUUUUCCUUUUUUUUACAGUCAACGCUUUCGUUAUAUGUUAAGAUAAACCAUCUUUGAGUUGUCAACUCAUACUUUACACAAAAGAAGUUCUUAUUAUUGUUAUGUAAGCAG